AUGCAAACCUACUAUCUCAAAAGCCCUGAACUAUCUUGUAUACAGACCGACGAUUCCAAGAACCCUCCACCUUAUACAGCUUUGUCGUACACAUGGGGUGUCAAUGCAACUUACACCAAUAUCGAAAUCAACCGUGUGAAAGUUCCAGUCCGCGAGAACUUAUGGGACUUCCUACACCAACAGCUGCUUCGUGGCAAUUACGGACCGUUCUGGAUUGACGCCCUCUGUAUACAACAGUCAGAAGUUCAUGAGCGUAAUCAUCAAGUACGGAUGAUGGACCAUAUAUACAUGGAUGCCCAAUUGGUUCUGAUCUGGCUUGGCAAAGAGAGUGACGAUGGCAAUCUCGCCAUGCGGACUUUGACGAAUUGGAAGUGGUGCAAUCCGAGCACUGUACGAUACAUGUUCACUAGCAAGAACAAAUUCGGCAACAUUCUUCUUACGCGUGGAACGAAGGGCGUGACUACCUGGAACCCGAAAGAGGUACUCAGUGUAUUGUCAUUAUGUAAGAAAAGAUAUUGGUCGCGUAUGUGGAUCAUCCAAGAAGUCGUGCACGCGAAACGCGUAGAGAUCCAUUGGGGCUCUGAGGUUCUCGAAUGGUACAAGUUCGAGCAAUUGUACUAUUAUGUGAGUAUCAUAUCCAGGGACUACAAGGAGAUGGACACACCUUUUUACAACGCCGUUCGCUCCAGUCCAGCCAUGUCCGUCGUCAAGAUUAAGGCUCUUGAUGAGGCGACGCAUGUACCGGGCCGGCCCAGGGACGUUACUAUCGAAUUCCUAAUGGAAACAUAUAGUGCCCAUGAGUGCGAAGAUAUCCGAGACAGAGUCUAUGCUGUUGUGGGAAUAGCGAAGUAUGGCUCAAUGAUCGUAGUUGAUUAUCGUAAAUCAGCAAAGGAUGUUUUGCUUGAUGUUUUCUACAAUGUCAUUACCGAGAUGAGCUGGGAGGCAAAAUGGCGUGAAGAUGAACUUCUCCGAAUCGGCCAAUUGUUGGAGAAAGUUUUGAAAGUUCCUUUCCCGAAGACUGAGAUACAAUUUCACAUCGAUCGCAGCCGUGGUCUAAUGGCAAAAGGUGUUCGGAGUGAUAUGAGUGAUGGAUACAUGUACUUCUUCGGAUCCGUCGACUGGGCACGAACACUGCGAGUCACGUUACAGUAG